UGGAGAAAGAGUUAGAAAACAUAAAGCUCCAGAAAGAAAUGAUUGAGGAUGAGAAAGACCAACUGGAACAGACAAAGGCUGAGCUGCACAGAGAAGCUGAGAACAUCGACACAUUAAAACAAGAGAUGCAGAAAGAAAGACAGAGAGUAGAAGAAAUGACUGCCCAACUUCAACAAGAGAGGGAUGAUGCAGCAAAUCUUUCUGAGGAAGUGAAGAGGAAAGUGGAAGACCUAAAUAGGAUGCGUGCUGAUUUUGAAAAAGAACGAGAGGCACUCAAAUCUGAGAAAGACAAGCUCAGAAUGGAAAUGCAUGAUAAGGAGAGCUCAAAGAUAGAGCUUGAAAAAGCCAGAGAAAAUCUAGAGAAACAAAUGACUGAAAAAGAGGAACAAACUAAAAUGAUUCUGUCAGACAUACAGAAAGAGAGAGAGAAACUUGAGCAGAUGAACAUUUACAUCUCAAGCCAAGCCAAAGAUAUUGAAAAUGAAAAGGAACAACUGAGACUCAGAAAAGACGAACUGGAACAGAUACAAGUAGAGAUUGCAAAACAGCAAAAAGAGAUGGAUGACAUGAAAAACAGAAUAAUGACAGAAAAAGGACAGCUUGAGCAGAAGUGGGAUGAACUGAAUAAUGAAAAGAAAGAAGUGGAUAAUAUCUUACAAUCUGUUAGGACUGAAAAGAGCAAUAUUGAAAGAGAAAGAUCUGAAAUUGAUGAGCAAAAACAGCAAAUGGAGAGCAAGUUCAGGACUGCAUUGAAGAGAGAGAUGGAAAAUGUGGAGCUCCUAAAGAAAGAGUUACUUGAUGAAAAAGAAUUAAUAGAAAAGAGCAAACAGCUGUUAAACAAAGACAUGGACGAAGUGGAACAACACAAGGCCAGACUGACCAGAGAGUCAGAGGACAUUAAACACAGGAAAGUCAUACUUGAGGAGGAGAAGAGCAUGUUAGAGAAGAUGAAGGUGGAUCUAGACAGAGAAGCUGAGAACAUGGAAAAAAUGAAGCUUGACUCACAGAAUGAGAAAGUGAAAGCUGAAGAAAUAUACACACAGAUUCAAAGAGAAAGAAACAUUACUGACAGUCUUGCUGAGGAGAAUAAAAAGAAAAAAGAAGAGCUGGAUGGUUUGCAUGCUGAGAUAGAAAAGCAAAGAGAAGCAAUUAAAUUAGAUAAAGAGAUGACUGACAAGGAAAAAGCUGACCUGGAGAUAAUGAAAGAAGAGGUGAGGAAAAGCAAAGAAGUUCUAGAAAACCAAAUUACUGAGGAAAGGAAAAAGAAUGAGAUGAGCCAGGCAGAGAUACAGAAGGAGAGAGACACUGUUGAACAUGAAAAGGAAAGACUAAGACUCAGACAAGAUGAUCUAGAACGACUGCAGGCAGAAAUUAUAAAACAACAAAAAGAAAUGGAUGAGUUGAGGAACACAAUCAGUACUGAAAGGAAUCUGCUUGAAAAGAAGAAGGCUGAACUUGAUGAACAGGAAAAAGAAAUGAACUAUAUCACUGCUCGAUUUCAAGAACAGAAGCACAAUUUUGAGACAGAAAAGGCUGAAAUUAUUAGAGAGAAAGAAAGAAUGAUGGAUAAACUCCACAGUGAAAGGGAAAAUGUGGAACUUCUGAGGAAGGAAGUCCUCAGUGAAGAGGAGUCAUUAGAAAAUAAAAAGAGUUUCUGAAGACAGAUAUGGAUGAAAUGGAACAAAGAAAACUACAUUUGGAGAAAGAGUUAGAAAACAUAAAGCUCCAGAAAGAAAUGAUUGAGGAUGAGAAAGACCAACUGGAACAGACAAAGGCUGAGCUGCACAGAGAAACUGAGAACAUCGACACAUUAAAACAAGAGAUGCAGAAAGAAAGACAGAGAGUAGAAGAAAUGACUGCCCAAC